GGCGGAGUUGUCACUGCGUUUCGGAGUGCGGCUAAAACCCCUCGGCUGGAGAUGGAGGUGGAGCUGGUGUGGGAGGACCUUCCAGUCCCUGACACUCCAUUCUUUACCAGGGAUGUCUACGACAAGUAUUCCCUUGCGCCCAAUAUCAAUGAGCUGUGGGCAGCUGCGCAAAGCGCUGCAGUGAAUGUAGACGCAAUGGUGACAUGUGGGACCGGAAGUGCGAAACCCGAGGACCCCCCAGCUGCAGAGCUCAAAGAAGACGGUUUUUCCAGAAGGGAAGCGUGUACCAGCUCAGAUAGCUCUGACCCUGAGGAUAAUGCUGCAGACGGUAAAGGAGACUGUGAGGGCAUUAGGGAUUCUGAAAUAAAGGGGAAAAGCGUAAAGACUGAACCAGGUGAUGCUUAUCCUGAACCUAGAGUACCCUUCCCAUGUAUGUCCAGCCUAUCCAGCAAAGAGCAGAAGACAUAUCUAGACAUCCUGACCAGUAAAAAACACUUGGCGCCUACUCAGACACUGAAGGCACAAGUGAACAGUGAAGUGAUGCAAUUCAUGAAGUACUUGCAAGACGUGUCUAUGUGGUGCGCUGACGAUUACACCCACAUAUCCGAGGGAGCUAUGCGAUAUUCAGAGGAGUUUUUCAGAGGCUGCUUAGAUUAUGCAAAGUCAUUCCCACAACUCUACCAGAUCCACGAGACGACCAGUUUGACUGGUGGAACUUUCAAUCCGAAGCUUGGUCUGACCUUUGAAAAAGAGCUGCUAAUAAAGGGUGACGUCAGCAUCAUACACCAAAAAGUGUUGCCUGCUGAUGCACAGCUUGCAACGGAUUAUCAGAGUGUUUCAUCAGAGAAUCCCCCAAUUAAGAAAUCUAAAGACAAGCAUGCUACAAUCGCCACUGACAGAAAUGCUGAAAACCUGUGUGGCCGUUAUGAACCUCAGGUGUGUCUAACUCGAGAUGCUCUGGUCAGACUACUGGACAACCAUGGCCCUGAAUUCUGUGACCCAUGGGAACUGCCUGUUUGUGUAAAGUUAAGCCCAAGUAAAGGUGGCGGUAGUAGUACGAGGAAAACUGUAUACAUAGACUCUCCCUUGCCAAAAACUUUGGUGACAAUACGAGAGAGGAGUCAGAUCUACCAUGAGGAGAGUCUGAAGCUGUCUAUCAAUUCCACUGGCAAGAUUAACGUUUCUCAGCUUAAGACGGAUGUUCCUUUUGACGAGAAACAACUCCAGCCAGUAUGUAGAGACAUCGUGCAGGAGAACUUUCAGAGGGAUUUAGUGUCAUUUGAAAACGCUGGCCUUGACUUCGAAAUGAACCUCACUGACUUGGAGACAUUUGGUGGCACAGCAAAUGUGACACCCUCCAAGAAGACAACUGAGACGGUGCGGGACAGAUCUGCUAAAAACUGGAAAGCUACAGCCUCUCCACCUGUAGCUAAGAACAUAAGAUCUAGUGGGAUGCCUGUCUCUAAAACAACCAGCAGUAGUUCACAAGAGGAGGUUAACGCCUCACUGACAGAUACGACGGAGGAUUCAGGGCAAAAGGACACAACGCGGACAACAUUUAGUGAGUCCAGUGUCUCACAGGGCUCUACGUUACUCAGUGACUCACAGCUGAGUCAGGACUCUGAACAGGAGUGGGAGAAGAAUGACAACUCUACAAAAGACUCGGACGAUGAGAUGCUCAUCAUCGAUGACCCCUUGUCUCCAGCUGCAGAAACAGCAACACAGUUAUCGCCUGAGACCACACUGAACUCUCUGGAUCCCCCCAUGAUCCGAUCAUCUGAUGCAGUCACUGGAAUCCCACAGUCCUCUUCCACACAUAAAAUUACGGGCCCCAGGCGAACUUCCCAAAGAGCCAUGGUAUCCGGUGACCAGCUCAGCAAGAUCCUCCGCAUGCAGACAGCCAUGCUUAAACCCGACAAAGAACCGUCAAAAUGCUCAACCACAUCCCUGGAACCCCUCUCACCCCCACAGCCCGUAAAAGCCUCAGGCCAUGCCCAUCCAACUUCUCUGGUCAAACCCUGUGUCUCGUCAUACCUGGAGAGCAACCAGAACCAGCACAGAGAGACCUGUUCAGCUGCCCUCAGUGGACCUGCUUCAGCUGUCGGCUUCACUUCAUCAGAACAGAAAAAGCUCUUGUCACAAGAUCUCCAGUUGUGCACAGAGGAUGAACAGGGUUAUGAGGCUCCAGAGGAGGGCAACCUGAUAUACAAGCUCUACAGUUUGCAUGAUUUGCUGCUCCUUGUGCGCAGUUCUGUCUCACUAACCCAAGCCACGAGGGUAGGCAAAGACAUCCACCAGCAUGUUCCAGUCUAUAUCCUGCCCAAACUGGAGUACCAGCUGUGCCACGGUGUGGAGUGUCUAAGUAGUAGUGAGGCUUGCCAACUGUGGACAGAGACACAGCUCCACUCCAGCACUGUGUCCUACAUAGCUCACAUCAAUGCGCAAACGUCACAAUUAGCCCUGUUAAGAAAGCUGCAUGAAAACUGGAAAGAGAACCUCAUCCAUGAGUUCAAGCCAUCCAAGUCAUUGAACAUAUUGCAUCACUUGCUGAAAAAGAUUAGUGGGUUGGAGGAGGGUCGAUACCUGAUUGGACACAAAGCAAGGGAGCCCUUUGUGACCAUUUUAAAGGCAACAGAUGGUAAGGCGAGUCGGGGGUUGUACAACCUCCAGCAGAUCCACAGCGGCGUGCCGCAGACCCCUGCAUGUGGCCCUGUGCCAUGGCUUCCUGUUGACCCGAGUGUGGUCCUGCCCUUCCACCGAAAACACAACCGAGUACCUUGCACCUUCCCACCAACAGACCUUCUUCCAAAGAUGGGGAAGGGAGGCCGAACGUGGCACAAGACGCGGGGAAUCAAGGCUGGGCAUCCAUGGGACAACACUAAUGAGGGAGAUAAAAAGAAGAAGAAGAAGAAGAAGAAGAAUAAAGGGAAACGCCUCGCUCGGCGAGAAAAGUGGAGGAAAAAGAUGACUCCAAACCCAUAGGGUUAUCAUAAAAACCACAAGACGAAAUGAUCUUGAAGGAGUGAGGAGAUCAGACUGAUGAAAAGACGGAAAAGGGUGAAAUCAUUGACUGGUGCAGCUUAAAGAAUGUGAAUGUUCAAGCACUUGUAUAAUAUUUAUGCCUUUUAUAUCUUGGAAGUUUUGUGUACUUGCACUUUUUAUAAACCCGCAAUCGAAAUGUAAUGUAGAAAUAAGAGCAAUAAUAAACUGAGCAUUGAAAUGAGCAUUGGGGUAGGGUGCAGUGCAAGCCGGGCAGCAGGCAAAGGCAGGGACCGGGGCGUGCCGACUUCUGGCAUCGCAGACU